CCUUGCCAUAGUGUCGACGAUCAAAGGGUUAGUCGAGCUCAAGGUAUCCUUGGUCGACGGAGAGGCUGUGGCUGUCAAUUACGCCUGGGACAUGUCGUCCAUCCGCACCUUUGCGACUCUGAGACGUUUGCGGCUCGGAGGACGGCCGACAGGCGUGGCGGCUUCGCUCGAUGCAAUCAAUGCCCCCAAUGUCGACGAGGUGGAGCUGAGUUGCCACCGUGGUCAGGGAGACGAGACGGAAGCAGAGGAUGCAGAUGCCCUCUACGCAACCUUCGGCCUGCUAUGUCGUCGGAAUGCGAUGACCCUACGGAGUUUCAAAUUCCACUUUCGCAAUCCGACUGUGUGUUUGUUUCCUUCGCAUUGGGGGGCAACGAAUCCAUUUGGUUUCGCCAAUGCCGCGAGUCCCCUUCUCGAGCUUUGCUGCCUUCAGGACGUCGAGCUACUCUUGUACAGUGGCAUGUCCCCCGGACAUCAUAACUGCCGCCAUGUGAAUGCCGCCGCCUUGUUGUUAGCCUGGCCCACACUACGGACGCUCAGCUUGCCAGGUGUAUCGCUCACUCCGGAGGCGCUUCAAGCAAUCGCGCGCAUGGACCACGGGCUCCAGAGCUUGACAGUGCAGAUGUUGUCGCAACAUUUUCUCGACGACCGCCCUGGGCUUCCUGCCACUCCGCCCUCCUGUGCCGCAGAUCCUGACGCUCGAACUCCUGCACUCCGGGAGCUUCGUGUCAACGAAACCUCGUAUUAUUACGCGCUGGACAUCGUCAAACUUGCCUGCUUCCUGGAUCCGCUCUUCCCCCUGCUUGAGCGGUGUUCAGUGCCGAGUUGCCCUGAACGUGACCAUAGUGCCUAUCAUGGGAUAAAUGCAUGGUAUACGAUGUUGGAGGAAGAGAGCCGAGUGAAGACGUAUAUUGAUGUUAUGAAGGAAGUGGAGAAGUUGCGACUCGCACGACAAAACACAAAACCCGUGAACUCAGAAUCUUCUUGCUUCGCCGAUGUUACCGUCGCCGACAUUCCCGGCCCAUUCUAUCAUCCAUGUGUACUAAGCCUGUAGGUUCACGCAAGGGAUACGGACAUGAAGGCCGCAGUGGUUGAAUAACAGCGGCGAACAGCUGACUCGGACAUGUAGUAGUAGUCGACGUCGCAGCUAAUGUUCGGACUCGGACUCCGUUUGACAUUCGGCUAUAGGAAGCAGGAAAUGGUGUUGAAUCUUGGUUGAAUCCGUCGACAGUCGUCGUCGUUAAGACGAGCAUCAUCGAGU